AUCUAGUUAACAAUUAACAAUGGAGCCUAAUAUGAUUAUAUUAUUAUUUCAGACAGAUUUAUUCUACCUGAAAUUGUUUUUGUUUUAAUAACCUUGCGAUUUCGCUCGUUUUAUGAAUACUGAUGAGUUGCAGGAGGAUUUGUAGUUUCGUUCCAGUUAUAGGAUCGUUUCGUCGAUCGUGCUACAAUAGUACUCGCAAAAACAUACUGUUAGAUGACAAUACUAAAUUGAUAUGUCAAGGGUUUACUGGAAAACAGGGAACUUUUCAUUCUCAACAAACUCUUGAUUAUGGCACAAAACUUGUUGGCGGAGUUUCACCUGGUAAAGGUGGCAGUACCCACCUCGGAUUACCCGUUUUCAACUCCGUGAAGGAGGCUAAGGAAGCUACAGGUGCAACGGCUUCUGUUAUUUACGUACCUCCACCUCAUGCUGCCGCUGCCAUCCAUGAAGCUAUUGAUGCACAGAUUCCCCUUAUUGUCUGCAUAACUGAAGGUAUUCCGCAGCAUGAUAUGAUACGCGUACGAAAACGUCUUCUUGAACAGUCUGCUUCACGAUUAAUUGGACCAAAUUGUCCAGGAAUAAUAAAACCGGACCUAUGUAAAAUCGGUAUUAUGCCUGCGGAUAUUCAUAAACCGGGAACGGUAGGAAUAGUAUCCAGAUCGGGGACAUUGACUUACGAAGCUGUCUUUCAAACUACACAGGUUGGUCUCGGUCAAUCUCUGUGUGUUGGAAUCGGUGGUGAUCCGUUUAAUGGAACAGAUUUUGUCGAUUGUCUUGAUAUAUUUUUAAACGAUCCUAAUACAAAAUCAAUAAUCUUGCUUGGUGAAAUCGGUGGUGAUUCAGAAGAACAAGCUGCAGAAUUCUUAAAAAAGCAUAAUACUGGUUCAAAACGCAAACCAGUUGUAUCUUUUAUUGCAGGCGUUACAGCGCCACCUGGACGUCGUAUGGGUCAUGCUGGAGCUAUCAUUUCACUAGGUAAGGGUGGCGCCAAAGAGAAAAUGGCAGCUUUAGAAAGUGCAGGUGUUGUUGUCACACCUUCUCCAGCUCAACUAGGUAAAACUCUCUUGCAAGCCAUCGCAAAUUUCCCGAAAUCGUAAAAAGACUUAUUGUUUGCUAAAUUUUCUGAAAUAUAAAGAAGAUUAUUUACUAUACUCUUCAUUAUUAUUUGACUUUACAUCUUACUUCAGUUAGAAAUGUUUCACUGACAAACGCUACCAAUGUGUUUAUACCCUAAGUAUUUUACUUAUGUUGUUAGUUCUUAUCUCUGUAGCAAUUUGUUUUAACUCCUCAAAUCGAUCAAGUUUAUGCAACUAAAUAUUCAACUUAUAAUUAACCGUUGUUCAGUCAGUUUAGAUAAAUGAGUGCAUUGUCUUUUAAUUUCAUAGAAUUGUAUUUCUCUCAUUUGUACAUGCUUGCAUUGUUUGUGUAAAACUUUAAGUUUAUUGUGUUACAAGUUAACAUAGAGUUGAUGUGAAAAUAUUGCAUUCUCAAGAAAUCGCUUAUAUUAAUAACAA